CUUCAUCAGGGGGGAAAGAAAGGAAAUCUGGGCAGAUGGUUCCAGUCUUUCAGAUUUCUCCCAGUCUGGCUUAUUCUACAGACUUGUACCUUGAUUCGGCUACACUUGGCAAUGAGAAGCAUUUGUAGAAAAUCUAGUUACUGGUACAAGAUUUGUGUAUAUCAACUUUACUCCAGAUCUGAAGAUGUUAGCCUUGCUUUAUCUGGCAGGCUUGGUGCACUGUAUAACCAGCCAACCACUUAUUAGCAAAAUGAAAGGAAGAAGAGAAACCGCCAAUGAUUUUUCCAGGUUAAUAUGUAGCGUGCCUGGCCUGCCUGGACCUCCAGGGCCUCCUGGAACCAAUGGAAUCCCAGGCCCCCAUGGGCGUGUUGGCCUGUCAGGGAGAGACGGGCGAGAUGGCAGACAGGGUGAGAAGGGUGAAAAGGGGACUUCAGGGUACAGGGGAAAACUAGGACUUGCAGGACUCGGAGGUGAAAAGGGCGAUAGAGGGCUUCCUGGUAAAACAGGAAUUCAAGGACAGAAUGGUGUUAAAGGAAAACUAGGUCCAGCAGGAACUUUUGGACCCAAAGGAGACAAAGGACAAAGAGGACAAGCAGGACCUGCUGGUGUUUGUAAAUGUGGCAGUAUAAUGCCUAAAUCUGCUUUUUCUGUUGGCAUAACAACCAGUUACCCAGCAGAAAGAAAGCCCAUUAUAUUUAAUAAAAUUCUUUUAAAUGAGGGAGGCCAUUAUACCCCUUCCACUGGAAAGUUUAUAUGUGGCAUUCCAGGGAUUUAUUACUUCUCUUAUCAUAUUACUCUGGCCAACAAACACCUUGCACUAGCACUGGUACACAAUGGCCAAUAUCGUAUAAAAACCUUUGAUGCUAAUACAGGGAACCACGAUGUAUCGUCAGGAUCCAUAGCCAUGUACCUGAUGCCGGAGGAUGAAGUCUGGCUGGAGAUCUUUGAUUACGAGCAGAAUGGUCUCUUUUCUGAUCCCAACUGGACUGACAGUUUAUUCUCUGGGUUUUUACUUUACACUGAUUCUGACUACCUGGAUGCAUUGGCAGAGGAUGAAGAACUAUAAACUGAAGAUGUCUGAAUAUUCCCUGAUAACUUCCAAACAUUCUAUGAAGAAGAUCCAGUAAUAAUCAACUUGUGGUCACUUGUGUUUUCUGAAACACGUGGAAAUUUUCCUGUUCUCACUUGGAAUAAGGUUGGGAAUUAGCUCACCGGGUAAUGACUCGUUUAGGACACUAUGAGUAAUUCCCAAUCCACUCCAGUUCAAUUGAUGAAGUUCACAAGAUCGCAAGAGAUUUUCAGAUGAAGAAGGCCCAUUUGAUCAUUUCUUUCCAAAUAUCAACCAUCCAAUCCUCCUGCAUCAAGCUGCUGCAGUUGACAGAGUUAUAGUUAAGUGAUUUCAUAUGGAUCAUAUAGAUCUGGGAUCCAGUGUAGAACAGUUCAGUGCACCUCAAAGACAGCAGGACAUCUUCAAUGGGAUUAUAAAGCAGUUUCAAUCCAGAACCAAUGCCUUUUUAUCUAGUGGAAACACACUUUUAAAGAAUAAUAUAAUUUUGGCCGACUAAAUCUUGAUUUAUUUUCUUUGAAAGUUAUUUUCAACCUAACAUGAAUUUUGGUGUCCGUGGACACAACAGACUGUGUCAUUUCGCAUGAGAAUUUGAAUGUAAUGAUACCACCCGAUUGUUUUUAUUUAAUGGUGCUCUUUUCAUCACUGUCUAGUCUAGUGAUAGAACUGGGAAUAUUUAGCACCUUUGAGUUAUGCUACUUUUCAUUUGUAAGUAAUAUUAUAAAAGAAGAGAGCAUUAAAGGUUGCAACUACAUAUCCUACAGUGACGUGCUAUCAUUUCUUGAAUUGGACUUGGUACAAACAUAAUUGUUGAGACAUGUUUAUUUAGACUGAUUCUGCUUUUUGUAAAUUCAAAGAUAAGCAUAUAGUUCUGGUCAUGAGAUUUGGCUGAAAACAAGAAAAUCCUGAAUGAACAAGCAUCUGUUAAAUACAAUUCUAAAGCACAAACAACAAUACAUAUUAAAGAUAUUAAACCAAAUUAUAUACUAAAAUGGCAGGAAUUAAUUGUAAACCCCAGGGACAAAUUCAGAAAAAAUAUUCCCAGACAUGAUCCAUGCCAGACGACAGACAUCAGCCAACGGAAGAAAGGUUUGGGAUUGUUCUUGUGUAAUUGCACCCCUUUUUGGAGUGAUGCAACUCAUUGAUCUCGCUUCAUUUAUCUAAUAACCUUCCUAGCGUUGUGCCAUGUUUGGUGGUAAGUUGUCUUUGUUACAGUUCUAACUUGCUCCAAGCUUCCAAAACCGCUUUAAAGGCCCUCUGCUUACACCUAAUGGCUCUCCUUCCCUUUGAGGUUAUCUUGACAGGUUUACACUUUAGAACCGAGUGUCUCGCAGGCUGUAGCUUCAGUUUCCUCACAACUUCAGCUACAGAAGCAAGAAAGUCCACUGCAGACUCGUCAGUCAUCGAGUCUGUGCUGUCAGCCCUUGCACAGAAUAUAUGUACUAAACAUUUACAUUUACGGCCCCAACUUUUUUNCAUCUUUCCAUCCUUUCAUCCAGGUUUCUUCCAAUAUUUGUGUCUCUCAGAAUCUAACCUUAGCUGUUUAAAGGUAUUUCAUGUGUUAUUAUUGGAUCUAUUAAAGUACCUAGAUUGGUAUCUUAUAA